CUUCAACACAAUCUCUCCAUUCUAAAGAGCUCCGUUACCAUUAUUUAAGACAAGAAGCUACAUCUUCAUCUCAAACCUAUUACCAUUUUACGAAGACUAGUACCCUCAGUUCUCCUACCUUCAGCAACAAAUAUUCAUCAAUCUGCUAUCGCAAACAUGCCAAUGCUCAAGCAACUCACCUCAAUUACUACCCGGCUGGGCCAGCCCAUUAAAACCGCCAACACCCGAGCCCAACAGCCACUUAUCCAGCCAAUCAACCAAAACAGGCGAGCGUUCCACGCCUCCCCAAGACCUCAAACAACCCAUCAGCAAAAGGAAGAGGAAAGUAAAUUCCACGAUCGGAACAUCCUCGACCCUCAGCGAAACGAAGGCACCCAAACGGGUACGGAUAAUGAAGUCGCUGGCCAUCCAUCCGCCUAUGACCCGAACACGACGAGACCUGAGAGCGAAAUCCAAGAGUCCGAGAAAGAGAGUCAACAGCAAGGUAAAGUUAGCAACCCCCUGAAUGUUAGCCCGGGGAAUACCGAAGUGAGUGGCACACGACCAACGCGGGAGGGGCUUCCGGAUCGGAACGAAGAGAAAGAGGCGACGAGCGGAAGGGGAGCGGCGCGGAAGAAUAAAGAGGUGAACAAGCCGAAGAAUUGAACUGGGCUGUACAAUGGAGGUUCAGCCAUAAAUCUGAAUACCCCGUGUUUACAUAAAUCUUGUUUUUUGAAAGACUACAUGUUUCAGUUGAUUUGCUGUGAAGACCAGUAAGC